UUGGUACUCUUAUUUGCAGUUGGAUUAAUUCUUUGAUCUGCAAAUUGAGAAAAUAAACAUUCUUAUAAUCUCCCAGAAACACCAUCUUGGAUAAGCAUACCAAAUUAGAGAAGAACAGGAAGGAAAAUGAAGUUUAGUUUCAUAUAAUUAAAGUAUUAAACCACCGUGACUUUGUUUGAUGAGAAAGCUAGUUGGUCAAGCCCAUGACCCAUGAUUAUAGCAAACAUUUAGCAGAUUCUACAUCAUCAUUAUCAAAUAACGCUUUUGAUACCUAUUUUAACUAUCUAUUAGCCCAACUGACCAUGUCAAAAGAGCCCUAUACCUCAACCGUUUCCCCCACUACUCCCAUGUCCACCCUUCACAUUCAAAAUAACUAACUCUCAGCAGCUCCUUAUAAAAACAAAAACCCAGGUCCUGAAACAACUUAUUCACUGCAACUUUCUAUCUCCUUUUGUUUUUGUUCACUGCAAGAGCGUACCAAGUUGCCAAUCAUGGCUCAUUUCUCCAUCAACUCUGUCAAUGUAAUGUUUCUCUUUCUCAGCAUCUUCUCUUCUCUUUAUUAUCUCUCAGUUUCCCUCGAGUUCCAAGUCGGCGGCACCCAAGGCUGGGUUGUCCCUCCUGCCAAUGACACCAAAUUUUACAAUGACUGGGCCUCAGAGAAUAGGUUCCAAGUUGGUGACAUUAUCCGUUUCAAGUACAAGAAGGAUUCAGUCAUGGAAGUGACAGAGAAAGAGUACAAGAACUGCAAUUCAACACACCCCAAGUUCUUCUCCAACACUGGCAACUCAGCCUUCAGGUUUGAUCAUUCGAGGUCUUUUUACUUCAUUAGUGGAGUAUCCGGACACUGUGAAAAGGGACAGAAGAUGAUCGUGAAAGUCAUAGCGUAUGAGGACUCUACUCCAAGUGACCACAAAUCUUCUGCUUCUCCUGCUGCAGUCUCGGUUCCUGGAGUUUCUAAACAAGCCAUUGUUCUUCACCUUGUUUACCUUUAUGUUGCUUCUUAUCUCUUCUAGUUCAUCAAUGUUGCUGUAUUCGUGAAUAUCUUUUUUCUUGUUCUUUCAAGUAUGUUUGUUUUGUAUUUGUAGUU